AUGGCCUCGCUGCCUUCGGUGACUCUAGGUUCUUCAAGUACAGGAUUUGCAGACGUGUUCUAUUCCCCCUCUUUUCAAUCGCUGCUGGGUAUCGCAGGAACUAUCACGGGUCUCUCUCUGUAUAUUGCACCAUUGCCAACUUUCAUUGACAUCUUCAAGAAGCGAUCUGCAGACAAACACUCAAGUGCUCCUUAUUUAUGUGGCCUGCUCAGCUCGUUCGUCUGGACCAUUUACGGAUCCCCAGCGGUGGCCAAUGCAUUCAGUGUGUUUGUCAUAAGCAUCCUGGGUUUGCUGUUCAACGGAUCGUACUGUUUGAUCUUCUAUCUCUUCUCCACAGAACACAAGAGAUUUAUUGGUGCAGCUAUCACGAGCAUUGUGCUAUGUGCGGUCAUGAUGGCAUCACUGGCUGUGUCAGUCAUACCAGCACCUGUUAGACCAUUGCUCUUUGGCCUUUCUGGGGACUGCACCAGCACUGCUUCCUUUGCUGCUCCCUUGACGGCCGUGGCACAAAUGAUUCAGACACGGAGUGUCGAGUUCUUCCCUAUCCAGCUCUGUGCUGUGUCGCUUGUCCAUACAAUUGUGUGGACGGCUUAUGGAGCGUCAACCUCUGACAUAUUUGUGGCGGCGCCGAACUUCCUCGGUCUGCUGUUGUCUGCUGUACAAGUAUUGCUUUACAUGCUUUACAGGAGAAAUGCAUACACACCAUCAGUUGGGGGAAGUGCUAGAAGGAGCGGUUACACACGGCUAUCUAGUAGUGCAGUUGCAUAG